CUGUAUCCUAAGAAAACUUCGAUCUUACCACAUCAGUGUGUGGCUCUGUAGGACUUUCGUAAUCUAUUUGAUGUGUUACGUGUAUAUAUAUGUGUAUUAAAUUUCAAGUUCUUUAUCGUAGCUAUCAAGUAAUUGAUUUAAAUGAUUCGUUUCAUACUCAUCCAGAACCGAGCUGGCAAAACACGCCUUGCAAAGUGGUACAUGAAUUUUGAUGAUGAUGAAAAACAGAAAUUGAUAGAAGAAGUUCAUGCAGUUGUCACAGUCCGAGAUGCUAAACAUACUAACUUUGUUGAAUUCCGUAACUUCAAAAUAAUAUACAGACGAUAUGCUGGACUCUAUUUCUGUAUCUGUGUGGACAUCAGUGACAACAAUCUAGCCUAUCUGGAAGCCAUUCACAAUUUUGUUGAGGUGCUCAAUGAAUAUUUCCAUAAUGUUUGUGAGUUAGAUCUGGUGUUCAACUUUUACAAGGUAUACAGUGUUGUUGAUGAGAUGUUUCUUGCUGGGGAGAUCAGAGAGACAAGCCAGACUAAAGUUCUCAAACAGUUACUUGUAUAUAAUUCAUUGGAGUAAAUCAUAUACCUCUCGUAUAAUUCUGUGUUGUCUUUUGAAGUAUAGUUUACAACUGAAAGACAUGAAGAAGUCAACUGUGGACACCAUUAGACCAAGAAUAUUUUCAGUACAAGUUUGUAAGAAAUUAGUUCCACAGUAUUGUAUUAUUUCUUUAAAUUCAUGAAUUUUGAUUUGAUGAUGUUAUAAUAUUUUGAAAAUAUGUUUCAAAGGGCUUUAAAAAUGAAAACUAUUCUAGCAGAGUGUAACUAUAAAUAUGUAACUAGGAAAGUUUUUCAAGAAUUUAUUGAUAAUUUUACAGAUCAUUUAACAAAUUGCAUUUAAGAAAUAAAGGUAAUUUACUAAGACAUUUUUAUUUUAUAUCAAAUUAAGUUUCUAAGAAAGCAAAAUGUUAAUUUCAUGACAUAUAGCAUUAUAAUAAUAUAUGUAUUCUUAUUUUUUCCUCCUAAACCAAAGUACACUUUUGUGAGAAUAACUUGUAAGUGAGAAUCUGCAUAACAGUUUAAGUUUUCUUCAGUAUUUAUCUCAUGAAAAUGAUUUAACAUUUGUAUACAUACUUAAUAUGAAAAGUUUUCCUGAUGGAGCAUUCAUAUUGUAAUUGCUUUGCUAUCUCAAGGCCAAUUUAAUUGUUUGUGAAACAACAGUUAUUUUGGGAGAGGAUCAAGAAUAGCCUAGUAGUUAGAGUUGCAGACCAUGAACCCAAGGCUCCAUGGUUUGCACCAUAUUACAGCAAAUCCCAAUCUGCAUUGUGCAACUGUGGGAGCAUUGUGAGAGUAAAUGUCAAGUUCCACUAUUCAAUUAGAGUAACCCAAGAAUUGGUGGAUGUUACCUUCCUUUUAGUCUAUCAAAUAAAAAUUGGGGAUGAUUAGUGCAGAUAGUCUUUGUAGCUUUAUGAGAAUGUCCGAAAUCAACAGUGGGUAAAAUUUGGUCAUGAAACAAUGGUCAAUUUUGGGGAAAAUAUAGUUUCUAAAGUUUCUACCAAUGCAAAUAGUUUUCCUUAAUGCAUAACGGUCUAUCCUAUAUUACUUUGACAUUUGCUAAGAUUUAUUGACAUAACUCUUAUCUGGUUUAGUACUUAACGUCUUAUUAGAAAAAUUCCAUUUUAUGUUUAUUGAGUUGUACUUUUUUAGCCCACCAUGCUGGCCAGCAAGAUUUUCAGCUGAAUUAAAAAUAAAAAUUUGGUAUGCAUUAUUAGUAGAUAUAUUGACAAUAAAUGUUUCUUUUUGAUCUCAUAUGUGUGUGUGUGUAUAUAUAUAUCUAUAUAUACACACAUAUUUUAAUAAAAUGUUUGGUCAUGAUGAAAUAACAUCUUAGUAUUUAGAGAUGAAACAUACACUUAAAAGUAACUAUCAAAUAAAAGCUUAUUUGAAGAUAAUUUUUAAGAUAUUAAAAAGAUAUUGUGAUAAUUUUGAUUUUUUUAUUAUUUCCUUGGCUCGGAAUCAAACCUAAUACCAUUCAUACACCAAAUAGGUGCUUUACCAACUGUGCUAAAUGGCCAACCCCCUAAAGCUUACUAGUAAAACACUUUUUUUUUAACAAAUCAAACUCCUACAUCCUUUCUCUCUCACAACCACAGCUCAUCCUUGAGCCUAAUCUCAGGGUUGGGGAUAAUAAUUUAAAUAUUUUACUGCUGCCUUAGCUUGGAUUCAAAUCUGAAAUAUCUCGCAUGUAGCUGCUUUACCAAGUGAACUAAAGUGCUAAUAUUUGCUUAUAAAAUACAUUUUUAACAAGUAAUUCCAACAACCACAGUAUUUUUGUUACUUUCCAUGUCUUCUGAAAACUUUUUUUGUUGAAUAUUCUCAGUGUCUAUAGUUGUUUUGAAUAACAACUGAUGUGGUUGUUAGAAAACUUAGAGAACAAAGAAUGAAUAAUAAAUAAAUCUUUAUUUCAUUUUAA